AUGACGGUAGACGUGAAUACGCAGUCGCUCGCCACCCCCGGAGGUAUCUCUGACCCGGCCUCAUCAAGUACGCUCGUCAACAAGCUCCAGGAUGUCUUCACCACCGUCGGUGUCAACAACCCCAUCGAUCUCCCCCAAAUAGUAGUCGUCGGCAGUCAGUCCAGCGGAAAGAGUUCAGUACUAGAAAACAUUGUUGGUCGCGACUUUCUUCCCCGUGGUUCCGGCAUCGUGACCCGCCGUCCCCUCGUCCUCCAGCUCAUCAACCGGACAGCCACCCAGAACGGCUUCGGCAAUGAGCUCGACGAUAACACCGACAAGGCCGCCAACACGGACGAGUGGGGCGAGUUCCUUCACAUUCCCGGCCAAAAGUUCUACGACUUCAACAAGAUCCGCGAUGAGAUCAGCAGAGAGACUGAGGCCAAGGUCGGCCGCAACGCCGGCAUCUCGCCCGCUCCCAUCAACCUGAGAAUCUACUCGCCCAACGUCCUCAACCUCACCCUCGUCGAUCUUCCCGGUCUGACAAGAGUGCCCGUGGGCGACCAGCCGCGCGAUAUCGAGAAGCAGAUCAGGGACAUGAUUCUCAAGUAUAUCCAAAAGUCCAACGCCAUCAUCCUUGCCGUUACCGCUGCCAACGUCGAUCUGGCCAACUCGGAUGGCUUGAAGCUGGCUCGUGAGGUGGAUCCCGAAGGUCAGCGCACCAUCGGUGUGCUUACAAAGGUCGAUUUGAUGGACGAAGGAACCGACGUUGUUGAUAUUCUUGCCGGUCGCAUUAUCCCCCUCAGGCUAGGAUACGUGCCCGUGGUGAACCGUGGUCAGAGGGAUAUCGACAACAAGAAGCCCAUCAACGCUUCGCUCGAGGCCGAGAAGAAUUUCUUUGAGAACCACAAGGCGUACCGUAACAAGAGCUCAUACUGCGGCACACCCUACCUCGCCCGGAAGCUCAACCUGAUCCUGAUGAUGCACAUCAAGCAGACCCUGCCCGACAUCAAGGCCCGCAUCUCCAGCUCGCUACAGAAGUACACCCAGGAGCUCGAGUCCUUGGGACCCUCGAUCCUCGGCAACAGCGCGAACAUUGUCCUCAACAUCAUCACCGAGUUCACAAACGAGUGGCGCACUGUCCUUGACGGUAAGAGCACCGAGCUCUCCAGCCAGGAGCUGUCGGGUGGCGCCAGAAUCAGCUUCGUCUUCCACGAGCUGUACUCGAACGGUGUCAAGGCCGUGGACCCCUUCGACCAGGUCAAGGACGCCGAUAUCCGUGUUAUCCUCUACAACUCGUCUGGUCCCUCGCCCGCUCUCUUCGUCGGAACCGCCGCCUUCGAGCUCAUCGUCAAACAGCAGAUCAAGCGUCUCGAGGAGCCCAGUCUCAAGUGCGCGUCGCUCGUGUAUGACGAGCUCGUCCGCAUCCUCACCACCGUGCUCAGCAAGCAACUAUACAGACGCUACCCCGGUCUCAAGGAGAAGAUCCACCAGGUGGUCAUCACCUUCUUCAAGAAGGCCAUGGAGCCCACCAACAAGCUGGUCAAGGACCUGGUCGCCAUGGAGGCGUGCUACAUCAACACGGGCCACCCCGACUUCCUCAACGGCCACAGGGCCAUGGCCAUUGUCAACGAGCGCCACAACGGCUCCAGGCCAGUCCAGGUCGACCCCAAGACGGGCAAGCCGAUUCCGCAGGCCGCUACUCCCGCGCGGGCCGCCAGCCCCACGCUUGCCGGCAGCAACCUUGACGAGGGAGGGUCUAACGGCGGCUUCUUCGGCAGCUUCUUUGCCGCCAAGAACAAGAAGAAGGCGGCGGCCAUGGAGCCGCCCCCACCCUCGCUCAAGGCCUCGGGUGUUUUGUCCGAGAGAGAGAACAUCGAGGUGGAGGUCAUCAAGCUGCUUAUCCAGUCGUACUACAACAUUGUCAAGAGGACCAUGAUUGAUAUGGUUCCCAAGGCUAUCAUGUUGAACCUUGUUCAACUCACAAAGGACGAAAUGCAAAAGGAGCUCCUCGAGAACAUGUACCGCGCCGACGAGCUUGACGACCUCCUCAAGGAGAGCGACUACACGGUCCGCAGGAGGAAGGAGUGCCAACAGAUGGUGGAGUCGCUGUCGAGGGCUAGCGAGAUCGUUAGCCAGGUACAGUAG